GGGCCCUGGGCGCUGCCAGCCCUCCACUCAUCCCCCAGACCCCAAAAUCUUUUUCUGCUCCCUUCUCCGCUGCCAUCGGGACCGGCUCAGGCCAACACUGACAUCCAGCGGCUGCCGGGAUCGCUGUCGCUCGGGGCUGUCCCCGGUGCCCGCGCCCGGCCCCGUGCUGCCCCGGGAGCGCCGAGCGGCUCCGGCAGCACCCAGCUCCGAUGCGCCCGGCCGUGCCCAGCUGCCUGUCCCCGGCCCGGCCACCCCGUGUCCUGCCGUGUCCCCGCAGUCGAUAUCGCAGCGGGGUCCAGCCGCGCCCGGGGCACCCGCACAUCCCGGGACCCUGCCCCGGCCCCCGGGCCGGCUCUGCCCCGCCGCCGGUGACAAAGGCACAGCGAGGUCGUGGUGACCCCGCCACUGCCCUGGGGACAUUUGUCCCCUACUCCCUGCCGGAGCCCGUGGACUUUGAGCCGAGCUGGGAGCGGCGCUGGGACGCGUCUGGGGCGCUGGCAUCGCCCCAAAGCUCCCCGAGAGCUGCGGACAGCAGCUGCUGUGGAGACCCGGAGGAGUUUUGUAACUGCCCAUCCACCCUCGCCCCGCUUCGCUGGAGCCGGGACCGAGCUCUCCCUGAAGCCGAGCCCAGGGCUGGGGGAGCGGUGGGAUAUUGGCUGCAGGUGGAGCAGGGACGGGGGCAGCUGUGGGUGCUCAACCCCCUGCAGGAACCCACCCAGGGGUGGGGCGGGGUGAACUGCGGAUUUAACCUCUGAGAGGGCCCAGAUUCUGCACAGGGAGGGCAGAGCAGGGAUCUCUGCUGCGUGGUGAGUGUCCUGAACCUCCAGCAUCACCCUUCCCUCACUCCCUCCCAGCUGCCCUGGCUCUGCAGGGACCGGGAAAGGGCAGCGAGCUGCAGGUGCCUGGAGCAGGAGGGGCUGGACAGUGACAGGGAGAAGGUGCAGAGCCCCAGGGAGCAGCUGGAGCAGAGACACGGCCAUCGCCUGCCCCAGCACCCCUGUCCCAGCCUGGGGGACACACCCUGAGCCUGCCCUGACUGUGCCAGCACCCCGUGAGGAGCCAGUGGCACCACCAUGUCCCAGGCAGAAGGAGCUGAGGAGGCCUUUGAACACCGGGACGUGGUCAUCAACAGCCAGGACAAGGUUUCGGAUGUGUACACGCAGCUGGAGAAGCUGGGGGAGGGGAAAUUCGGGACUGUGUACCGGCUGCAGGAAAAGGCCACGGGCAGAAUCCGGGCUGGGAAGUAUUUCCGGACGCGCACGGCGAGGGAGAGGCAGGCAGCGCGGGCCGAGGUGGAGCUGAUGAACCUCCUGCACCACCCGCGCCUCGUGCAGUGCCUCGACGCCUUCCAGGGCCCCGCCGAGCUCGUGAUGGUCAUGGAGUACGUGGCAGGCGGGGAGCUCUUUGAGCGCAUCGUGGACGACGACUUCGAGCACACGGAGCCCAGCAGCGCCCAGUACGUGCGGCAGAUCCUGGAGGGGCUGCACUUCAUGCACGGCCAGGCCAUCGUCCACCUGGACCUCAAACCCGAGAACAUCGUCUGCGUCAGCCCCGGCAGCCACCGGGUCAAGAUCAUCGACUUCGGCUUGGCACGGCGGCUGGCUGCAGGCACCCCUGUGAAGGUGCUGCACGGCACCCCCGAGUUCAUGGCUCCAGAAGUGGUCGCCUUUGAGCCCGUGAGCUUCUCCACAGACAUGUGGAGCGUCGGUGUCAUCUGCUACAUCCUGCUGAGUGGGGAGUCACCCUUCCAGGGGGACACUGACAUGGAGACCCUGAGCAAUGUCACAGCUGCCCAGUGGGACUUUGAUGAGGAGACCUUCUCGGAGAUCUCCCAGCAAGCCAAGGACUUCAUCAGCCAGCUGCUGCAGAAGGAGCCCUGCCGGCGGCUCCCCAGUGCAGCGGCUCUGCUGCACCCCUGGCUGCAGCAACCCCAGCCCAGCAGCCCCAAGGUGCUGUCCAAGGAGAGGAUCAGGCAGUUCCUGGCACGGAGGAAGUGGCAGAAAACAGGGAAAGCCCUGCUGGCUCUCAAGAGGCUGACCCUGCUGUCCCAGAGCCUGGAGGGGAAGGCAUCAGAGGCUCAGGAUGAGGAAGGCCUGGGCUGCAGCCCGGAGGAGGAACAGCCCUGCAGGGCUCUGCCCCAACCAGGUGCCAGCCCCUCGGAGCUGCUGCCAGACCAGGAGGAGAAGGAGGAGGAUGGUGGCAGCACGGCAGCCUCAGGGCAGUGACAGCGUGGCGCUGUCACCCCCACCCUGGAGCACCUAGAGAUGGGCAUGGUGCCCCUCCAGCAGCUCCCAGCGCGGCCUGGCCAGCCUGGGGCAGAGCCAGACCCCCCUGGGGCUGAGCUCUGGGGUCCCUGGGCUGCUGUCCCUGACAGGACCUGCCACCAAUAAAGCACUGACAAUCUCUGCCCUCCUUGUGCUGCUCCUGUUCCCCCAAACUCGCCGGACAGGUAGGGAAGGGGGGCUCAGGCUGUGCCCACCCUUGGGGAGCUGGUAUCAGCCUCCUGGCCCCUGGGCCACCAGCCCUGCCGUCUCCAGGAGUGAUGGGCACAGCAGCCUGGGUAUUCCCUGCUCAGAAGAGAAUUCCUUCCUUACCAGAGGGGUUGUCAUCGUGCCCUGAGCUCACAGGAGCCAGGAGCAGCCCUGAGGCCUCUGCUCUGUCCAUUUCUGGGACUGGUGGGGCUGGGAAUGGCUGUGAGACCUCCAGCCUUGGCCUGAGGAGGCAGAACUUGGUGUUGGGGUGCCCUGGGGAAGAACCCAGGCACACACUGAGGGACACCCAGCUGGGACAGAGCCUGGGCUGGGUCCUGCUGGGCACUGGGGUGGGCACUGCCCUCCGUGUGCCCUUGGUGGAAGGUGGUGAAUGUGCCCUGGGCUGCAGGAGGAGGGAGGGGUCAUUCCCAAAUCCCUGAGCCCACCCUGCAGGGCUGUGCUGGGGGCCCCACUGCAGCAGUGGCAUGGACACACAGGACAGUUUGAUGAAGGAUGAGGGAGAAGCUGGAGCUCCUGACCCACGAGGGAUGUCUGGGAGAGCUGGGGCUGUCUGGGGAAGAGAAGCUCAGAGGUGUCUGCUCACCCCACAUCAGGACCUGAAGGGAGGGUGAAACCAGGCUCUUCUCAGCAGUGCCCAAAGCUCAUGGGCACCACCUGGAACACCAUCUGAACCUCAGGAAAACGCUUUUUACUGCUGAUGGAGCACUGGCACAGGUUGCCCAGGACGUUGUGUGCUCUUCAUCCUUGCAGAUGUUCAGACUCUGUCUGGGCAGUCCUGGAGCAGAGAUGGGGACCGGGUGCCCUCCAGAGGCUCCUUCCAGCAUUAACCAGGGUGUGAUUCCAUGGAAACCUCCUCCUGCUGGAUCAGGGCUGGGUGCUGCUCUCCUCCAGCACCUGCUCAUGCCGGAGGCCUCCUGGAGGUGCCCUGGGUGGGGCAGCCCAGAGCUGUGCCCAGUGCCAGGCUCCAGCUGUGCCAAACAAUGCACGGCUUCCGCCCUGCCUCCUGCUCUGCCUGCAGCAGGGGCCAGGAGCAAACUGCUUUUUUUAUUAAACAGACCCAAAUCCACCCACAGCGUGGGGGGACAUGGCUGGGACCCAGCUGAAAGGGACACCAAGCGUGGCAGCUGCUGCUGGAGCAGUGGUGACAAAUCUGCUCUGGACACUUUGCUGAACCCUCUGGAAGCUGGUGCCCAUCACAGCAGCAGGAUCCAGGCAGGAUUUGGCGUCCUGCAGCCUCCAGAGAGGGCAGAGCAGCCCCGGUGCCUGGAGCCUUGGCUGGGGCCACUGUGGCUCUUCCCUUGGGCUCAGGGGAGGGAUGUGUCACCUCCCUGUCCCCUCCUUGUGGGACACACUCUGCAGCUGCCAGGGCCUUAUCAGCGCCCAGGCCUUGGCUGAGUUUUUGUGGCAAAAGCCUGUUCCUGUUGCUGGUGUCGGUGGCUGCUGGGCCCGUGUGACCACGGGGAGCAGGAGGGCACUGGGGGUGGCAAUUGUCACCUGCCCGGGGCUGCGUGCUCUUGGCUCCUGUUGGAAAUGGAGGAUGGAAUUUCAGCAGGAACUUCAUUUGGAAACUGGUGAUGGACCUGCUGCUGGCAAGGGGGAGCCCUUUUGGAAAUCCCCAAAGUUCCCUGGAGCAAAGGAGGCUCAGGGGGCCCUGGUGGCUCUGCACAGCUCCUGGCAGGAGGGGACAGCUGGGGACAGGGACAGGAGGAGAGGGAACAGCUCAGGCUGGGCCAGGGCAGGUUGGAUUGGAGAUCAGGGAAAAUUUCUUCCCCCAAAGGGUUCUCCAGCCCUGACGCAGCUGCCCGGGGGAGGGGUGGGGUUUAAAAGCCCUGUGGAUGUGGCACUUGGGGACAGGGGUCAGUGGCAGGGCUGGGCCUGAUCUCAGAGGGCUUUUCCAGCCUCAGCGGGUCCUGCUCCUCGCAGGGUGCAGCAGCUGGGACAGACAUCCUGACAGAACUCACCUGCUUCCUCUUCCUCCCCUGCUCUCAGCAGGAGCCGUGGGUUCCCUGCUCCUAGCUGGAGAAGAAACUCCUUAGAAACAAAAAAACAAACAAAAAUAUUCCAUAUUCUGCCCCCAGCAUUUCCCAUGCCAGAGCAGCAGAGGGAGGCUGAGGAGCCCCUUUCCCACACACCACAUCCCAGUUUUUACCCUCCAUCUAUUCCGUGUUUUCCUCGUUACCCAGAUUCCAGCCCCAUCCCUGGGGAACACACUGAAUGUGCUCAAGCUGCAGAUGAUAAGCAAACACCAAGUUGCUAUAAUCAAUCCCUUGAUGAGCUAUUUACCAUGUGACAUCACCAAAAUAUUUCUGGUUGGGAACGAUGUUUAUCUUCCUCUGCUUUCCAAACUCCUCAUAGCCCUGAAAAUCCAAGUCCCAGGACUCUAGGCAUGAACUUUUUCUCUCUUAACCUAUAUUUAUACUAUA